UCGCUUCAAAUUGGUUAUUCAAAGAAAAAGUUUUCCUAGCAGAUUAUUUCAUUACUUCUAAUGGUGUCAAAUCUCGAAUAUUCUAUCAUUUUCGUAUUCCGUCCGUCAAUAGUUAGUUCACUAUCGAAUUAUUCGAAGUUAUUGACAUAUCGAACACUAUUUCCAUCUCCAAGUUUUGCUGAGAUAGAUAAAUACUGAUUGUUCAUGGAUGGUCUUUACAAAAACGUCAAUCUUCAGAUUUUGUCAAUAUAUCCUUUGCAGGCAGUUUUUCCUUAAAAAUGCCAGAGGGUAAAAAUAGUUGCGAAGUUUGCCGCAAGGCGGCCAAACAGUUCUGUUCCUCAUGCAAAGCUGUGUUCUACUGUUCCAAGGAAUGCCAGAAAAGAGGAUGGAAGGAACAUAAAAACAACUGCAGAUGUUUCUCCAUUCAAGUCCAUCCUAAAUAUGGAAGGCUACUGAUCGCAACCAGAGACAUCAAAGCAGGGGAGGUUUUGCUCAAGGAAAGUCCGCUGUUGGUGGGGCCAAAAGAGAAGUCUUCUGCCAUCGUCUGCCUGGGCUGCCACCGCGCCGCAAGAGAUUACCGCUGCAUCAGAUGCCACUACCCGUUAUGUGGCCCUCAGUGCCAGACUGCCAAGUAUCACAAGGAUGAAUGUGAAGUGCUGAGUCGGGUUGAAGUACCACCUGAGUUCAACGGAGCCUCGCAGUCAGCGCUGUCUCACGUCACGGUCCUCCGGGUGUUGCUCACCCAAAAGUUUGACCACAAAACCUGGCAACUUAUUUCUGACAUGCAGGACCACUUCGCUGAAAUUAAGCGCGGGGAUCUCUAUCGCUACUUCAUGACCAACGUCGUCGACUUCCUAAUGAAAGUCGUGCAUUACGAAGAAGCCGACGAAGCAACCAUCUUGAGAGUGUGUGGUAUCCUCAUGACGAACUCGUUCGAGGUGAAGCACAACGGUUCCAGAGUGCGAGGUCUCUACCACACCGCGUCAAAGAUGGCACACUCGUGCGUUGCCAACACCAAACACGUUUUCGAGGAUGACCUUACCGGGGUGUUCAUAGCGACGCAACCGAUAACAAAGGGCACCCCCAUCACCGUUAACUACUCCCAGGUGCUCUGGAACACCAUGGCUCGGCGUCAGCAUCUUAAGAUGCUGAAGUUCUUCCUGUGCGAGUGCCCGCGCUGCUGCGACGCGACCGAGCUCGGCACUCACUUCAGCACGCUGCUGUGCGACGAGUGUGGCUCCUCAGUCGUGUCCAGGAACCCGCUCGACCUGGACGCGCCGUGGAGCUGCUCCAAGUGCCCCCAUGUGAUCUCCGCCAAACAGGUGCGAUGGGGAGACGCUGUGCUGUACAAAGAGCUUAGAGAAUUGGACAAAAGCUCCCCACGGGCUCUAGAAAAUUUCCUGGAAAAAUACAAGAAAACCUUGCAUUCCCAACACCGGUUUUUCGUCGAAGCAAAGUACGGACUUGUUAAACUCUACGGUAAUUCGCCGAACUGCAGAUUCAGAGACAUGAGUCGUACUCAGCUGGAGAACAAAGUGAACUGGAGCCGCAGUCUGCUGGAUCUGAGCGCUGUGCUGGACCCUGGACUGUCGCUGCUCAGAGGGUCGCUGUUGUUUGAGCUUCAGGCCGGCAUCGUGGCUCUGGCAAAACAUCUUCUUUCGAACGACAUUAUCACUACUGAAGGCGCUAAGGACUACAUGAAGGAGGCAGCUGAGGUUCUGCAGGAGGCAACCGCCAUCCUUAACCACGAGCCUGACAUGCGCGAUGGCGGCCUCAACGAACGACUAUCCUACAUCGCUCAAGAACUCGAGAUCUAG